UUGUGUGGCAGGUUGAUUCUCUGUCCUAGACGCUCUCGUGGGAAACAGGGCAUUUAUAAUCCUGUUCACAACGUGUGGACUACUGAAGAAAACUGUGUGAGUUUAAACUGAAUCUGGUGAGACUGAAAAUCUUUUGGUCUAAAGUGUGAAACAGAGAAGAGUUUGAGUUUGAGUUUGGCACUGACACAUCUGCUCAGGCAAAAGUGAAAGUGAACCUGCAGAAAGAGCCUCGAGAAAAGAUACUUUACUUCAAAGAAUUUCACUUGUUCAUUAUGCUGUGAAAUCUACAAGGAUAUCAGUCUGUGUGUAAUCCACUGAUCUGGACUCUGUGAGGUGCAGUUCCUGCCCACCACUGGGACUUUGAUCUGAACUGCAGUGGUGUCAUUGCCGUAGUGAUCGGAGAACUAACUCCGCAAGUUUCUAGACUAGGGAGAGAGUGUGUUUAAAUUGAAGCUGGUGAGGCUGAAAGUGUUUUGGAUUAAAGUGUGAAACAGUGAAGGCUGAGAUUGAGGGACGGACUUGUCUUCUCAGACUGCUGAAAGAGAGAGGAAAGCUGCCGGAACAGUCUUCAGGGGGAAAGAGACAAAAUGGCUUCUAAACUGGAAGAGGAUCUCACGUGUCCUGUGUGCUGUGACAUCUACAAGAAUCCUGUCUUUUUGUCCUGCUCUCACAGUGUGUGUAAAGCCUGUCUGCAGCAGUUCUGGGAGAGCAAAGGACACAGAGAAUGUCCCUACUGCAGGAGGAAGUGCUCAAAAGGCAUGUAUCCACCUAACAUGGCGUUAAGAAACCUGUGUGAGACUUUUGUACAGGAGAGAAGUCAGAGAGCUUCAGCAGGGUCUGAGGUGCUCUGCAGUCUGCACAGUGAGAAACUCAAGCUCUUCUGUCUGGAUGACAAACAGCCAGUUUGUUAUGUGUGUAGAGACUCCAUAAAACACAGCAACCACCAGAUACGUCCAGUGGAUGAAGCAGCAGGUGCCCAUAAGGAGGAGCUCAAGAUGAAACUGCAGCCCUUACAGAAGAAACUGGAGACCUUUGAGGAAGCUAAAGUCACCUGUGAUAAAACAGCAACACACAUCAAGACUCAGGCCCAACAGACAGAAAGGCAGAUCAAGGUGGAGUUUGAGAAGCUUCACCAGUUUCUACGAGAUGAAGAGGCAGCCAGGAUAGCUGCACUGAGGGAGGAAGAGGAGCAAAAGAGUCGGAUGAUGAAGGAGAAGAUUGAGAAGAUGAGAAGAGAGAUCUCAUCCCUUUCAGACACCAUCAGAGCCAUAGAGAAGGAGAUGGGAGCUGAUGACAUCACAUUCCUGCAGAACUACAAGAACACAGUGGAAAGAGCCCAGUGCACACUGCAGGAUCCAGAGAGGGUUUCAGGAGCUCUGAUCAAUGUGGCAAAGCACCUGGGCAACCUGAAGUUCAGAGUCUGGGAGAAGAUGCAGGAGACUGUUCAGUACACUCCUGUGACUCUGGAUCCCAACACUGCACACCCAGAACUCAUCCUGUCUGAGGAUCUGACCAGUGUGAGACGUGUUGAUGAGGAGCAGCAGCUUCCUGAUAACCCAGAGAGAUUUGAUUACUAUGGCAGUGUCCUGGGCUCUGAGGGCUUUAACUCAGGGACUCACUGCUGGGAUGUGGAGGUUGGAGAGAACACAGGGUGGGUUGUGGGUGUGAUGGCAGAGUCGACCCAGAGGAAGGGAGACAUGUACACCAUGAGUGGACAGUGGAGUGUGUGGUGUAAUGGUACUGCAUAUAGAGCUCAUGCUCCUCCUCAUGACCCCACUGUCCUCACAGUGCAGCAGAAACUCCAGAGGAUCAGAGUGCAGCUGGACUGGGACAGAGGAAAGCUGUCAUUCUCUAACCCUGAUAAUAACACACACCUACACACUUUCACACACACUUUCACUGAGAGAGUGUUUCCACACUUUUGGACUAACAGAAAUGUCUCUCUGCGGAUGUUACCAGUGAAGGCCUCAGUAAGAGUAGAGCAGCACAGUUAGAGCUGAUACUGACUCUGAACAGGGAUGACAUACUGAGAGGGAAACCUAUAGGAGAGGAGACUAUGAAGAAACAAAGCCAUUUAAUAAACAGUAAAAAUAUGUCUCAUUGUGUGGAUAUAAUGUUAAAGGUAUGCUAAUGCCCGCCUCAUUUAAAGGGACACUUCACCGAUUAGCAUUAAGCUUUGUAUCUUUAGAAAACCAGUCAUGU